AUCAUUUGUGAGUGAUCCACCUGUCUGUCUGUAUCAUGGCAGCUGUGCUGAUUUUUGGUCUGCUUGCUGUUUUACUAACCGGUAAUCAAUAGACUGUUACUGUAAACUCUGCUGACAGCGGCAGUUUUAUGUUGAUAGCCAGUUUUAUCAAUAAAUGUAAUAAUUAGUCUGAGACGUGUGUUGUGUCCAUAGGGGUUGGUUACUUAUACAGGAUCAACAUAAAUGUUACCCUGGUAUCACAGUCAUAACAAUGGGGUUUGUGAAACAUCUAGUGUAAUUAAUAUCUUGUUCUGUGUGUUUCUCUUUCCAGGAGCCGACGCUCAACACUCAGUGACACAAGAGCCAUCAAUCAAUACCUCCCCUGGAAACAAUGUUAAAAUGAGUUGUACGUUAGGUGGGGGGCUCACUGUCAGCAGCAAUAGGGUGGUAUUUAUUCAGCAGAAAUUUAAUAGUAAUCCAACAUGCAUCCUUUACUAUUUUACUGAAUCCAGCAAGGGGAUGUGUCAGGGGGUCCCAUCACGGUUUGUGGGUUCUGGCUCAGGCAGUAUUGGGUACCUGUCUAUAUCUGGAGUGCAAUCUGAGGAUGAAGCAGUUUAUUACUGUGCUACAUGGACUGGGAGCCAGUAACACUGUGAUAGCAGCAAAUGAGGAAGAGAUACAAAAACUGUCACACUGGCUGAAGUCAGACAGACACUUGCUGGAACGCACAGAGCUGUGAAGACAAACAGUAAAAAAAAUUUAUAAGAAAUGGAAUCAAGUAAUAUACAUUAUAUACUAUAAGAUUAAUGGCCCUAAUGCAUAAAUAAACAUAUACUGCAAAACAUACUUAACAUAGAAAUGUGAAUAUAAUGCAAUGUUGAGGGGCACUACGUGUGUGUCUAUCUAUCAUCAUCUAAAGUAAAUAUAACGCCCAUUCUCUUCAUGAUGGCACACGAAGAUAAGAGGGUAAAAAUUAAACUUCACAACUUCACUACAUGGGAUACAACUUGGAAAUUAACUGAUAGACACAAUAUUGACAGCAUAUGCUGGGUGGAUUACUGAAUGCUAAUGUAAGAAUAUAUAUACAGUAUUGUUUGUACAUCCAUUUAAGGGAUUUGUUUCUCUAUGCUGUUGCAAUGUCUACAUUAGCCACUAGUUUUACUGUGGUGCUGUUUACUAACUCUAGUUCUGAAAUGGGAACAAACCAUCUUGUUCACAGCUGGGUUCAGGUAGUUCCUAUGUCAGCACUUCGAGACAUACUUUUAGUAUGCAACAUGUGAAGGACACACACCGUUUUACCAUUUUUGCUUUGAGUAUGCACAGAUCAUAUCCACGUAGUCACAAUCUUAGGGUUCUCUCCUACAUCAACAAUACUUGCCUACGUGCCACUAUAAGAUACCAUAGUUUUGAGGCUUGAUCUUUACCAUCAUGCAAAAAAAAAAACCCAACACAUUUGGCCUCAAUCCUUCAAUCUUGAUUACAUUCCUCCAUUGUUUGAAAGUUUGGCAUCCCCUUUACAUUAAUAGCACCAACAUGUUCAGUUACAACUUUAAUUUGAUAUCAAGCAUAACUCAUUGAGUAUGCAUACAAUCUUACUAAAUUAAUAGGAGGAUUUUUUUCCAUUUCUUUUUUUAAAAAACCCAAACAAUCUUUAUUUCAGGAGUCCUCUUCUAACUUUUUUUUUCUUAUGUUGAUUGUUACAGGUCACAUGCCAUACUAUAUUUCAUAGGACUUUAUUAAUGCAAAUCUACAAGUCUUUAAGUUUAGUACUCUGAGACUGUUAAUGUAAUCACGGGGUAGUGUUUAUAUAGCAGAAAUGUAUUAUUAUUCAGCAGAACAAUUUUUUUUAUGUCCUUUUGUUUUAAAUGAUUUUUAUUUUGUACGUAAUAAAUGCAGUCACAUAGCAAAAUCACUAAUGCAAUUUCGCAUGUGAGGCUAAUGAAAUCAGGAAUCAAAUUUAUAUAUCCAAAUAAAAAGAGAUAAGUAUGCAUGACGAAGCAGAACUGCUUCCAAUAAACAUUUACAGCAUUAGGUAGGUCGUGUAUUCCAAUGCAGAGGUUCGCAGAAACAUAUUGGUGGAACUGAAACGGAACCGCUCGCACCCCAACCAAGUACCUUCCGUUGAUGGAUGCAGCACUCCACUAGACACCAUAACCACCACAGACCCUACGAACUUGGUUGGGGUCUCGCUGUCUUCCUCCUACUCUGGGCCCCAAGACCAGGGACCACCUUCCAGUAGGCAGACCUCUCCUAAUCAAGAGAGCAGGAACAAGAACCAACUCUUACAAGAGCUUACUCUGGGGAGUAUUGUGAUAUAGCAAUCCCCAGAGUGUAGGCAAUUCUCCAAUCCCCCAAACAUGAGCCAAAACUUCAUGAAGACACAAGAUGAUCUGCUUUAAUUGGCACCAAAGGACUUUAUUUUAUGCAGGUUUUACAUAUUCAGAAUCAGCAUACUUUAAAUAUAAACAUAACCAAAAAUCAGACAAUUACACCCAGUAGUUCAAAAGUUAGCUUAAAGUCCUUUGUGCGGUCGGUCAAUUUCACACUGAAAACUGACUAAGUCCCAUUCGAGUGCACGAAGGGGAACCAUUCGAAUCGUCAAACGCACUUCGACUUUAGCUGAAGCGUAGAAGUGGAGGAGAAGGUAAGGGUCAGCGGUGUUCGAGCACUUGUGUAGCUGAUUUUAGUUCCAUGGAUUUGCUGGCACACACCGCUGACCGCGUUCGACUAAAUUAAAAUGGCCGCCGCCAUUCGUUUGUCGAAUGGCGGCCACUUUGACUACUUCGGCACUUCGACUGCAUCCGAAGUGCCAUAUAAGAAGUACCAAUCCUUCCCCAUAGCAUUUAAAGGGCCAGAAGUAGUGCAAUAAAACCCGAUAUGGCAAAAUAAUGUUUUUAAAGGGCCAAAUCUCCCAGGGGCCAUAGUCAUGCGGAAGGAGGCUGGCAAUCAGGCUCCUCCAACCGCCAGGCGCAAAGGGCGGUUUGUCACGUACAAAACCAGUGACAAAAAGCAUAUUAUUUAAGCAACAAUGUUUAAACCUCACAGAAGAAAGUCAAACAACAAAGUAACGCAUGCUGAAUGUAUUCCAAUGUGGGUGUCUGAAUAGGCAUAUUGGUUGUGGUUCACUAAGAAUAAGUCAUAGGGGGCGAUAUGUAUAUCAUUAGGUGAUAUAUGUGGACAUGGGAAGUACUGCAUGUGUGUUUUGUGGUGCUAUUAAAUAAAAAGCACGCGGGAUCAAGUCACAGCAGCAUGGUACCUUACCAGGAAACAGAAAUCAUUGCGAGCAUUCGUGUACGGUAUCAGUGUGUAUGCUAAUGUUUCCGUAUUAGUGUUACUUUAUCGUUGGAGUAGCCAUUGAACUGUUAGGCGUCUGGGUUGACAUACCCGUAUGCCUGGCUGUCUGCAACUAUGACUUGCUGGUGAAAUUAUCAAUAUGAAGUACCCAGCGUGUGCUUGACUGACAAAUAAGGUGUGGUCUCCCUUUCCUUUCAAGUUUAUUCAGUACUGUGUCUGUGGUUCUUAAUUAGUGAGGAACCUCAUAUAAUCGGAUGAUGACAGGAACUCUAACCGGUAAAACCAGGAUUGGGUGUAUCUUUCCCAGUCCUUGGCAGUGAUGAGUUUAAGGUCUUCAAAAUGUCUAGUGUCUUCGACCUCUUCAACCCAUUUGCGUAGUGACGGUACUCAUUGUUGUCUCAAGUAUAUUGGGAUCACUACCGUCACCAUGUUCAGUAGGCAUGGAAUCACAGAAUGUUUGUAGCUAUGCAUCCCCAGUUGGGUGCAGUGAAGCAGGUAAAUGGCUGUUUCCAUAUGGGGGGCUCCUCUGUGAAUUUCACGAUCAUGUGACUGAUUUCUUACCAGGACGGGCGGAUUUGCCUGCAGGUCCACAACAUGUGGAGGAACAUGCAUCUCUCACUCGGGGGGCAGGAGUUAUCAAUCCUCUGGGUCUUCAUGGGGUCCAUGGCCACAGUCGGGAAGGUGGGAUUUUUUCUUAAGGGGGGCAGUGGGCUCAGGUCUGUUGUCAGAAAACAUUUUGGUCCCCUGUGGUGCCAUAGGGUUAGGGUAGCCUUCACGAAUGGGUUGGUGAUUGCGAGUCAUGCUCUGUCUGCCUUUUCAAUCCAUGGUAGGGCUCUCUGGUCCUAGCAUGUACUAUCCGAAUCUAGCUGAACCCAUUUUCUUCUGCUGUCAGCUAGCGUCCAGUUGAUUAUUUUUGAGAAGUGUGUGGCUAGAUAUUAUUUUUCUUGGUAUGGUAGUGCUAGUCUGCCUUAGUCUGCCUGAGUUUUAGUCUGGCUGAGUUUUGGGAGUGUUAGUUGAACAUGUGCUAUUCUGGGUGAUCUAUCUUUCCAUAUGAAUUUUCUGAUUUCUGCUUUUAGUGUUUUCAAAAAUGAGGCCGGGACUGAAAUAAGAACUAUUUGGAAUGCUAUCACUAUCUUCAGCAAUAGCGCAAUUUUUACCACUCUGAAGCAGCCCAGUCAGGAGAUAUAAUGUACGUUCUAGGUGCGUAGUGAUUGAUAGUUAUGAGCGUAUAGUUUGGUUGAGCCAUAUCCCCAGGUAACACAUGGGGGUGGUGCACCACUUGAAGGGGAACUUUUUUGUGAUUUUUUCAGCAGAACAUUUUAGAAGCAUACUAUUACUGAAUCCAGCAAGAUAAUAUGUUAGGGAGUCCCUGCAUAGUUUAUGGGCUCUGGAUCAGGGUUUCUAGCUAACUCUGGAGUGCAGUCUAUUUAUAUGAAUAAGUUUAUUACUGCACUACAUGGAUUGGUAGUCAGUUGAACCCACUGGACUAAACCAGUUAUAUCUCCUGUAUCUUGUAUCAGUUGGAAGCGGUGCUGGAGGGACACUUGAAUUUUCAACCUACACCUACCCUCAUAGUGUCACGACACUCCUUAGUUGAUUUGCCCUCGUGCAGUACCCACAUUCACCACUAUCUUUGUUUGGCACUGUUCCUAAUUUAUUUUCGUUAAGCACUUCACCUGGUCCUUAUUUAGCACCUAUAUAGUUUGGUUUCUCCCCUCACUCCUUGCCAGAUCAUUGUCUCUUGUUUCCCUGGUUCCUGGUUUCCUGUGAUUCUGGCUCCUAGCUCCUUGAUCCUGCAUACUGUUCCUUGGUCCUGUGUCCUGCACCUCCUGGUCUUCGUUCCUGUGUUCUCCUGGUCUUCAUCCUGUGUCCUCCUGAUCCUGCGUUACUGUGUUCUCCUGGUCCUUUGUUCCUGUGCCCUCCGAUCCUGUGUUCUAGUUCCGUGUUCUCUGCUUUAUUACCAGUGAUCCUGACCCUGCCGCCUUGUUCAUUUAUUCUGUUUCUGACCUUGCUUCCUGGUGUCAGUAUAUUAGUCUUGUGACUCUGGAUCUGUGCCCUACCUACUACUCGUGGUAACUGCAAAAUCCUGCCCUUAUACCAAAGGACUGUUUCAGUAUACGUUGCCUGCACUAUUCGUGCUUAUCCUGAUUUAUUGUAUAUAUUUUGUGGCAUUGUGUAUAUAUAUUAUUUUGUUUUGUCUUGUUCUCUGUAUUUUAUAUAUAUAUCUUGAUUUAACCUAUUCAUUUGUGUCUUGGCAUUUAUCUCUUUGCUGUAUUGGUUCCCACAUUUAAAGGGGCAGUUCUGUUCCAGGGCAGCACCCUUCAUGUCAUUACACAUAGGUGCUAACUGUUCUGAAUUUGUCUGUAUUUUGGAGGUUCUGACUCGCAUUUUAAAAUUUGCCUAGCUAAUACCCUCUUGUCUUAUUUUUCAAACAAUCUUCUUUUUCUAAGGAGGUGGGCAAUUUUCAUUCUUUGGAUGUCAUACGAUCUCAAAUACAUAAUAGGCCCAUCAAACCAAUAUGAAAAAAUUUCAAAAUGUGUGAAAACUGAAAACGGGGAAAGCCCUAUGUAAAAGCUAACUGUAUUAUGACAUUCACAGUUAAAAUGUCAUGCAGAACUUGAAAAAAACAACAACAUAUUUCUAAAUUUCUCAAUUGUUUUUAGAUCCAUUCAUAUAAUUUCCAGAUAUCCAUCAAACACAUGAGGCAAUUAUGCUUUCCCAUAUGUUGGAAACAAACAAAAUAAUUAAAGAUAUGUAUUACAACAUCAGAUCUCUAAAAGGAAAACUACAGAAAAAAUAAAAUUUCCAGUAAAUACCACUAUAGAUAUUUUAAAUAUCUAUAUUGAAGAUAUCAACCUAAAAAAAUGGAAAGAGUUGGGCUUAAAUAAGAUCAGAGACAUUUUCUUAGCAGAUUUGUACUUAAAAACCUUUCAAUGACUACAAGAAUAUAUAGAGGAGUUUGACAAAGAAUACUAUACAUGUAUUCAAAUAAAAAAUGUAUUUCAGACAAGGAAAUUAACAAUAGAUACAGAGUUGGAUUCUUUGAUUAUAAAAGAAAAUAAACAUAAAAUAAUCUUAAAAAUUAACCAAAAAAUAUAUAAACUAAGGGGAGCGGAGCCAAGCUACUAACCAGACCAGACGUGUAUUGCAUGAGCUCCCGCGUCUGGCACCCAAUAAUCGUGGAAACAACCGAGCUAAAACUCACCUGGACGCAGAGCUAUAACAAGCUUGAUACUGAGAUACCAACGGUUCUGAUGACACCCUCUGUGAAGCCCUGCAACACCGGGAAGCCCGUCUCGAGGCUCUGCGGCCUACCAGCGACAGGCCUGAGGAGAGAUGGCCCCUCUCCUACUGCUUUGACAUGCGGUGAGCACACUAACCAGUGCUGCCCCCCCAUGGACCGGCGAGGGUUAUCCCAGUCUCCCCUGACUAGCCCCACAUGCCCACACUGCAAUCUGGCGAGCCUACACAGGCCACACAGGCCACAUGGAGCACCCGACAAACAACCCCAAGAUGGCGGUCGUGCUCUCUAUACAGAGGCUGGCGAUGCACAGGACGGAGACAGUCCUACCUGGCUCGGUGGAGCACAUAUGGCAAUGCCUGGACGAGGCGUUCCAGAGAUUCUGGCAAAGGAUGGAGGCUAGGAUGUCGACCCCACAAGCUCAGUACCAAGGAAGUGAGGGUAAAGGCGAGAGCCGGGGAGAGCCUGAGCCCCCUCAAAGCAAAGCACCUUCGCAGCGAAACCUAAUCCUGGCAUAUCUGGGCUGAGGGCCACCCCGGCUAAGACUGUAAAACAAUGACCAUGUCGGCGGAGAUUAGCACACCGAAAGCAGCAGCGGACCACACGAAGCCCCCGCAAUCUCCCAAAAGGGUGGGACUUGGAGCACCACGUUGCUAGGGUCCAGAUGCAGACCCCCUCUCAGAUGCAGGGAGGUGUGGGCAAUACCCUGGCACACCCUACUCAAAUGCAUUGCCCGGAGUGUCCCCCACUCUACUGAGCCAAGGCAUUGGCUGACGUUGACAAGUCACCCUGAGAACAAUGCCAUCAACAUCUCUAUAAGCUGCAGCUGCUGCCAUAAUAAUCCGUUGUCUCCAUUUAAAACCAGGCUGAUGUUACUACUAAUCAUACGCUACUACUGUUUUUUCUGAAUGUAUGCUUUCAUGUGAACACAUUCCACGCUAAACUGGGGCUGCUCAGGGGUUAAUUCCACGACUAGCACUGCACAGGCACAUCUAACCAACUUACGGGAUGACACAUACCUUAUAAGCUUACACUAUGUACAAACUCCAGCAGAGUUUUAAGCUACCCACAAUCUAUUGUUGCCUAAGCUAAAAGAAAACCAUCACGUUACUCACUAACAUCAUGUUACUAACUUGAAUACUACAUAACCCUCAUGUAAUACAUUCCUCUAUCACAUACAUACCAAAGUUCACUAUGGAAAUUAAUUAGUACCGCAAAGCUUGUUCAUGUAUGCUAUACUUUCUAUUUUCGUGUAUUAUCCACGUGUCUAGCAAGUCUAUAUAGUUACAGACACGCAAUGCCAGCUAGGACUAGACUUGAUUACCCUGAUUGUUGACAAGCCUAUUUGUAUUUUUUCUAUUACUUGUUAAAAAAAAAAGAAAAAAAAAGUGGAGCAUACCAUGUUUAUUCAAAGCGAUAUAAUGUUAAAUCUCUUAUGUCAUGUGACAUUGCUCAAAUGUGUAUUUAUAUCUGAUCUCAAAAAUAAAGAAUAUUAAAAAUUAUAUAUAAACAAAAAUACAAGGGGUAAUGAGGCCCAAUGAUAAGAUGGAAAGAAGAAUUAGGAAAGGAAUUCUCCAUGGAACAAUUGAAGGAAUCAUUUUAAGAAAGCCAUCCACUGUGUUAAUAUCUACAAAAUUAGUCCAUAGAUGGUAACUGGGUACCAUCCAAAAUCUAAAAAUUUGAUUCCGUCUUAUAAUGAAAGAUUUUGGAAAUAUACAAGGGAAGUUGGAUCACAGAGUCAUAUUUGGUGGAAAUGCUAUGAACUUGAUCCCUUAAAAUGCAAAGUAACAUAAAGUAUUAGUAAGAUCUUUAAUAAUUCAUAUGCGUCGUUAUCUUUUCAACUAUUUCUAUUCCAUAUAGAUUUUCCAACAAAAGGAAAAGUAUUAAAAAUAAUAAUUAUACAUAUCAUGUUGUCAGUUAAGACCUGCUUGGCAAGGUAUUGAGGAUCUAGGAUUAUUCCGACAUGGAAAGAAAUAGACAAUCAUAAGUUAUCAGCAAACAAUGUAAAAAACGAUAUAUAGGAACUAAAGGAAGAAAAAAAAAGAGAAAGCGUGGAAGCUCAGAGAGCACUCAAAAAUGGGGUUAACCCACAGUAAACUACCUAGGUAGUGAGCAGAAAAAGGAAAGAGACUUAGAGUGCUCUAAAUGUAAUAAAUUUAAAAAUUAACUUUUAUUCGUGUAAAUGUAAAAAGAAGGAAAAAGGGAGAGAAAACAAGGUACUACAUAUGUUGGUGUAUAAAACAAGGUACUAAAUAUGUUGGUGUAUAUCUAAUGUCCAAGAGUCGAGAAUACAUACACCAAAAUGGUUAAAAGACAAAAAAGCUGAUUGGAAAACGAUUUACUUGGUAAUUCUGUACACUAUUCCACUUCUAUUCCAAUCUUCUUUAUUAUGAGGUGUCUUCUCGUCCUCUCUUUUUGGGAUCGAUACUUUGAUUUUGGACCUGAUGUUGCAUCUUAGUAAUCCCUUUCGCAUAUCGCUAUGGAAACUUAUUAACCAUUUCGGCACCUAUCUAGGUAGUCUUUUGUACUUCAACAUACAGCUGGACCUGUAUAGGGUGCCAUAUUUUAUAUUCCCUUUAUCUUUACAUUCUUAUUUUUUCCACCUGUAUCCGUCCAGUCUGUCCAAUUUCUCUAUGGCAGUAUUGGUUUUUCUAUUUCCCUCUGAACACCAAUAUUGUUCGCUUUCAUGCACUGCCAUGAUGAUCGGACAGUGUUAAUAACCACUCUCACUUUAUCGGACAUAUUUUAUUGGCAUAUAAACAAAAGUUAGAACUAUUCUUUAUCUUUCUAGGUUAUCUUACAUCUUCAAACUCAUUUUCCCCCCCUCUUUGUUUUUCAAACUUUAUCAACUAUCUUCCCUGUACCCUAGCACAAUGUACCUGACAGGGUUAAUCAAUCAUACACACAUCACAGGCUAUUGUCACACGUACCGGCAAUCUCCAUUGGUCAAACCGAAUCAGCGGUCUUUUUCAAAUUCCCCCUAUCAGCUCCACCCAUGACCUUUAAAUAGCUGAUACUUACCACACAUCGGCUCCCCUCUGAUGAGUUGUGGGCGAAACGCGCGCGUCAGGGGACUCCGGUGAUUCAUUGUAACAACUCUCUGUGUGGUCUCUCAAUCGAUAUCACCACACUCCUACAUGAAUCCCGAGUAUCAUUCCUGUUAGGACUGGAGCAGACUUAUGUGACUAAAUUUAGGAAAGCAUUAACUAUGACUUAUUUUCACCCGCCACUUUAUCAUCACUUUCUAGCCUCCUUCCAACCUGCUUUCUUUGUCUCUAGCAGUUUUUGUGAGUCAUUCUAAUUAUUUAGGCUCCACUAUUUAUGUACACUACUAGCUACAAUUGUAUCAUCAGUUACAAUUGUUUAUUCAAAUUACCACAUUGUGUUUGCUAGUUAUUAUGAUUUAAUCUCAAUUGCAACUCUGUUUUGUUGCAAGGGACAUACAUCAGAGGUAACCUGAAAACUCAUAGGAACUAAAGGUUAACAGAAGCAUACAAGAAGAUUUGGGAUCCCUGGAUAUUAAAUCCAGAUUUAGAUUAAAUCAGAAAGUAAGAAAAAGAGAAUGAAAGAAAGCACAAGAAAAAAUAUAAAACUAUAUAUAGAGCUACCCCCUUGUCCCCCCAUAACCCAGAUGAUUUUGGUUGACAUUGUCUUUUUUAUAUGUUUUAGUAUGGUGUUUGUGUGUAGUCACAUCAGGAAAAAAUGAACAAAUGUAAAAUUCACUGGAAAAGAAGGGAAUAAAAAUGAAAAUGGCAUAUCAAUAUUACACAAUUAAUCCAGGAAUAUAAGUAUUUAUAAUGAUAAAAGUUAUGGAUGUAUGUAAGAGUGAUAAUUUGAACAUGGGUAGAGUUGCCUAAUUGUUUGAUUUGUUACAAAAAAAUGUUAAUAACAAUUAUUUGAAUUACAGAGCCAAGUAAGCAGAUCAGGGUCAGAGCCAGCAGCAGACUGGAAUAAAAGUAAUAUUUUUCUUAUAUUUAGGGGGAAAAGGGGGAGUAGAUUGUGGUUUUAGCACUAUAGGGUCUAUAAUACUUGUUAGUGUUCCUGACCCUAUAGUGUUUCUUUAAUGCGUCACAUAUGUAAAGUGUCUUUGUUAACUUACCAAAUUAUAUUUUAAUGUCAUGUUCAUGUUUUGCAUAUAGGAUGUGCAUGUGAUCCUCUCUGUAAUAUAACACUGUAUAGUGUGACAGAGUUAAAUCAUCAUUUGUGAGUGAUCCACCUGUCUGUCUGUAUCAUGGCAGCUGUGCUGAGUUUUGGUCUGCUUGCUGUUUUACUAACCGGUAAUCAAUAGACUGUUACUGUAAACUCUGCUGACAGAGGCAGUUUUAGCACUAAAUGUAAUAAUUAGUCUAAGACGUGUGCUGUGUCCAUAGGGGUUGGUUACUUAUACAGGAUCAACAUAAAUGUUACCCUGGUAUCACAGUCAUAACAAUGGGGUUUGUGAAACAUCUAGUGUAAUUAAUAUCUUGUUCUGUGUGUUUCUCUUUCCAGGAGCCGACGCUCAACACUCAGUGACACAAGAGCCAUCAAUCAAUACCUCCCCUGGAAACAAUGUUAAAAUGAGUUGUACAUUAGGUGGGGGGCUCACUGUCAGCAGCAAUAGGGUGGAAUUUUAUCAGCAGAAAUUUGAUAGUAAUCCAACAUGCAUCCUUUAUUAUUUUACUGAAUCCAGCAAGGGGAUGUGUCAGGGGGUCCCCUCACGGUUUGUGGGUUCUGGCUCAGGCAGUAUUGGGUACCUGUCUAUAUCUGGAGUGCAAUCUGAGGAUGAAGCAGUUUAUUACUGUGCUACAUGGACUGGGAGCCAGUAACACUG